UAAAUGCGGAUUACCUCUUAGCUAACCUAUCAAAAUUCGAUAGACAGCUAUGGAUUGGGCUACGGAUUUGGAAAUUACUUCGAAAAAACUUUUACCUCGUCUUGGUAGAAGAUCGACGCAAAAUAUUGUAUUAGAAGACUCUAAACUCGACGAUGAUCCUUUGGAAAGCCCUGUAUCGUCAUCCUUCGUGAAAUCAGCACAACCACCUGUAGCGCCUCCUCGUACUAGAAAAACUGGAUGGGGUGACGAAUUGAAAAGCGGGAAGAUACGUGGAGCUUCUAUUAUUGAACAAUUAUUUCUUAGAGAACGUUCUCGAGGGAUAGAGAAGGAUGAAAUUAUAGAUGAUAUUCCUGUAAUUCCCGAUUUGGAUGAAAUUCAGGAAGAUAAUGCGUUUUCUGAUAUUAAUACGUCAACAAUGAACGUGAACAGAGUCGCUGCAUACAAAGAACUUGAUACAGAUUUGGUGAAAAAUGCUGCAUUCACGUCUUUAAAUGGUGUUAAUCUUUCUCUUUUAGCAGAAAAAUUAUACAAUGAAAAUUUGACGAAAGAAUUAGAUGAAGUAUGGAAUUGGAAUUUACUUUUUACUCAAGUUGCAUCUGAAGUAAACAGCGAAGCACAAAAAAAAUUAGCCACAUAA